AUGAUCUAAAACAAGAAAAAUCAACUUUGUAUGUUUAAAAAUCAGAGCAAGGAAGACACAUGCACCUUUAAUUGCUUAAAAAAACUUAUGAUACCUGAUUAAAAUUUUAUUGUCCUGAGUGAUGAUAUUGAAAAUAUAAAUGAAGUAAUGAUUGAACCUCCAUGGUAAAUUAUUAUGUCUAACAAAUCUAUGAGUGCUCUUUUAUAUUAACUAUUUCCAGAAAAUCCACACUUGAUUUAAACAAGUUUGAAACAGUUUUUCAAAAGAACUCCAUAGCUAUCUAAACAAAAGUAUGCAAGAGAAGAGGAUUACAUUUAUAAUUCAUAAAAUUAUAGUGAAGAUUAAUUUUGA